GUCAGAUAUAAACAAACCAUUCAACGCUUGUGUUUCAAAGGUUCAGCGUCAUUUUCAACGUAUAGCUGCAGUAUUCGUAUAAAUUUUGUAUAUUAUAUCUAAUAACCUCCACCAACCAUGGAGCAUAUUCCAUCUGUUCGACGACGCUCAUCGUUGUUUUCUAUGAAUCAAACAAACGAUUCAGGCUCAACUUCGAACGAACUCGUCAAAUACGAAAAGCAGCUCCGACUUGAAAUAAAACAGUGGACUAGUUUGCUUCGUGCCAAAUCUCAUAAGUUACAGCAACUACGUGCAUCGUCCUGCAAGAUCGACCAAUCCAUUUUGACUGAUGAGCAACGAAGAUAUCUGGCUGAUGGUCCAUCUGUGGAGAAUUUUAUUUCCGAAACCGACGCAUUCGAUAAAGCAAUCACUAAAUAUGUUGAGCAAAAAUCAUUUCUAAUGGAAAGGAAUGCACACAUUGUACAAAAUGCGAAAGCAUUAGUGGAACUUGAACUAAAGGAUAGAAUAACUAUUGAACUAUCAGGAAGAAUCGUUCCAUAGCAGAUGAUCUGCAUGUUGGCAGGUUUGAAUGUAUUCAAGAUUGUUUUAGUAUUUACCGAGUAAAUUCGAUCAAAUGCAUUUCAACACAACGCUACAAGCACAAUUCAAGCGAAUAG